UCACCGCCCCGCUGCUGCCGGGGCCGGCUCCGCUCCGCUCCGCUCCCGAGCCUGGGGAGGCCGGUCCCCAGCCCCGGCAGGAUGAAGGGCAGAGAGAGAGCAGGCUGAGAAGGGGACGGUGUCUUUUUGGGGCCGGCACGCGGGUCAGCAUCAUCUGCUCCCCUCCACGACCCUUGAGCAAACCCCGCCAAGCCUCACAGUGAAUUUGGGACCGGAGGGGUGAGGAGCCGCUCUCAGAGGCAGAAGGAUCUUUUCCUGCCCAUCGGGAUUGGGGCAGCAUCACCCGCUCCCAUCGCCAUGGCCUCCCCGGAGGGGCUGCAGUACCGGGCGCUCUACGAGUACCAGAAGGGCCGGGAGGAGGACCUGGCGCUGAGCCCCGGGGACGUGCUGACGGUCAGCAGGGCCUCGCUGCUGGCUGCCCCCGACUACAAGGACGGGGACGAGCGCAGCCCCCAGGGCUGGCUGCACGGCCUCAACGAGCGCACCAAGGAGCGCGGAGACUUCCCCGGCACCUACGUGGAGUACCUGGGCCCCGUGCGCAUCGCUGCCACCGCCGCCAAGGCCAAGCCACGACCCUUGCCCCCGCCGCCCGCCGGGACCCCCGUGCCCACCGGCCAGCCCUGGGCAGGGCUCCCCGGGCAGGCAGAGCACAGCGAGCAGCCGACCCUCCCCGAGCAGGCGCUGACGACCGUGGCCAGGCUCAUCGAGGCGCUGGAAAAGCAAGGUCUCGACAGCGAGGUGCUCUACACAUCGGCCCCCGGCGCACAGGGUGAUGCUGAGCUGAAGCAGACUCUGCUGGCGGACCCCUCGGCCGUGGACAUGGACCUCUACGAUGCCCAGACGCUGGCCGAGACCCUCAGGUGGUACCUCCAGGAGCUGCCAGCCCCUCUCAUCCCCCCCACUGUCUGCACCGACUUGCUCCACAUGGCUCAAGAGACCCCGGGCCUGGAGGAGUGUGGCCAGCGAGCCCGAGCCCUGCUGGCCCCCCCGGCCCUGCCGCAGCCCCAUGUGCUGCUGCUGCAGGAUCUGGCCCAACACCUCGGCCGCCUCUGCCAGGGCUCCCGCAAGAACCGGCUGUCGGCACGGCUCCUCGGGGAGCUCUUCGGGGAGCUGCUCCUCCGCCCCGCUCCCUCCAGCACCGAGGCGAGCCCCGAGCUCUGUGCGAGGAUCCUCGAGUCCCUCAUCGUGGCCAGCGAGGCGGCGGAGGUGCCGGCAGCCCCCGCUCGAAGGGAGGCGGGCUGCCGCCCGCGGAGCCCCCGGGAGCUGCCCGCCGCAAUGUACAACACGGUGUGGGAUAUGGACCGCGAUGACACGGACUGGAGGGAAGUGAUGAUGCCCUAUUCCACCGAGCUGAUAUUUUAUAUAGAGAUGGACCCCCCAGCUCUUCCUCCAAAGCCCCCCAAACCGAUGACUCCGGUCAAUACAAAUGGAAUAAAGGACAAUUCCAGUUUCUCUCUGCAGGAAGCAGAGUGGUACUGGGGGGACAUCUCAAGGGAAGAAGUAAAUGACAAAUUACGAGACAUGCCAGACGGAACAUUCCUGGUGCGCGAUGCAUCGACCAAGAUGCAGGGAGACUACACUCUGACGUUACGGAAGGGUGGCAACAAUAAACUGAUAAAGAUCUAUCAUCGGGAUGGAAAAUACGGCUUUUCUGAUCCACUGACAUUUAAUUCAGUUGUGGAACUGAUUAACCACUACCGCAAUGAGUCUCUUGCUCAGUAUAACCCGAAGCUUGAUGUGAAGUUGAUGUAUCCAGUGUCCCGGUACCAACAGGAUCAGUUGGUGAAAGAAGAUAACAUAGACGCAGUAGGUAAAAAGCUUCAAGAAUACCAUGCUCAGUAUCAGGAAAAGAGUAAAGAGUACGACAAAUUGUACGAAGAAUACACCAGAACAUCACAGGAAAUUCAGAUGAAGAGGACCGCAAUUGAGGCGUUUAAUGAAACUAUUAAGAUAUUUGAGGAACAGUGCCACUCCCAAGAGCGAUACAGCAAAGAAUACAUUGAGCGAUUUCGCAGAGAGGGGAAUGACAAAGAAAUUGAACGGAUAAUGAUGAACUAUGAAAAAUUAAAAUCACGGCUGGGUGAGAUCCAUGACAGUAAAAUGCGUCUGGAACAGGAUUUGAAGAAGCAAGCUCUGGACAACAGGGAGACUGAUAAGAAAAUGAACAGUAUCAAGCCUGACCUAAUCCAGCUCCGCAAAAUCAGAGAUCAGUAUCUUGUAUGGCUCAAUCACAAAGGGGUGAGACAGAGGCGAAUAAACGACUGGCUGGGGAUCAAAAAUGAAAACAUUGAUGACACAUACUUUGUGAAUGAAGAAGAUGAGAACCUGCCACAUCAUGACGAGAAAACUUGGUUUGUUGGGGAUCUCAACCGCAUCCAAGCAGAAGACUUGCUCUGCGGGAAACCUGAUGGAGCAUUUUUAAUUCGAGAGAGUAGCAAGAAAGGAUGUUAUGCUUGUUCUGUGGUAGCUGAUGGAGAAGUGAAACACUGUGUGAUCUACAGCACUCCAAGAGGUUACGGGUUUGCAGAACCAUAUAACCUGUACAGCACGCUUAAGGAUUUGGUUCUUCAUUACCAGCAGACGUCCCUUGUCCAACACAACGAUUCCUUAAAUGUCAGGCUUGCCUACCCUGUCUACGCACAGAUGCCCCCCUCUCUUUGCAGAUAAAUUUUGGGGAGGAGGAAAGUGUUGGCUAUCUUGGAUUCUUUUCUACGAUUUUUAUUAGAACUUGGAGGGCAUUCUUUCUCCUUAGACUGCUUGUUUUGCACAAGAAGUGAUUCUGUGAAUGUGAAUCAAAAAGAGGCCUAGCAGCAACAAGACGACAACUUGGGUGUAGGUGUCCUGGUGCUACCUUAAAAGCUCAGCUGUGCUUUUACACUGAUACUUGUGUUUCCUUAUGAGGGGAAUAAACUCAACAAAAUGCAUACAAAAAUACUGGAAGCAAAACAUUGUUUUCUGGAGAUAAUUUUUUGCCAGGCACCUUCAGUGGAACUUCUAAUUGGAUUUUGUUUUCUCUUGUUCUAGCAGAGGCGAUUCGAAGCCUCUGCUCGAGGCAUCAGUAACGUCUUUCAGUCUUAAACUCCCAAGACACUAGGGGGGAAACUCUACCACAGCAAUUCUUCUCUGUUAAUUUUAGCAGCUUCACUGCGAUUCAGCCGAACUUCCAAAAGAGGGCUUGUCUUGAGGUAGCGUGGAAUUUGGUGAGAGAAGACCAAAGGAAUUACAGGAAAGCUUCAGGUUUUUAUUUAAAUGGAAAAAUGCUUGUAAAGAAAAGUCGCUUUAUUUUUUUGCCAACAGUGACAAAGUUUUGGUUUCAAUGGCACUACAGGUCUUCACUUAAAGGAAACGUUUAUAACCAAAUUGAACACACCAAAACUUUGUUUGUUGCUAGAUUGAGCACUUACGGGGAAGGUUGCGUUAGCAUCCGCACAUACUUUCUACACCAAAACUUGAAACAAAUAAAAGGAAAAGCUAAAACAUUGUGUGGCUUCAAAACACUAAAUUUGUCUGAUCUGAUGUAACUGCUCACUCUCCUCUUUUCCUCCUCCCCCCCCUUCCUCCCGUUCCUCAGCUUGGGAUUCUGUUUCCAGUUUUUAAAGAUGCUUCAGAAUGUAAACUAGAACGAAGCUUGCACUCACGUGUUGCUGUUCUCUUGCUGAACAAGGACAGACUCUCGUAAUGCUUGAUUUUGAUAUAAAAGAGGUAGGUGCAAUCUAAUGCUUCUGGAUGGCUUACUGUACCAAAUUAUUUCCUGAGGAGUAGCCACUUCUGGCUGUAUAGAAGUGUGUGAGCUAAUUAUAGAUCUCCUCUGAUUUGUUCUUUGCAAGCUAGACUCUGAACUUCCACACCACUGCCGCCAAGCAAGAUUUUACACCGGUGCAAUCUCAAUUCCCUUGUAGUUGUUUUGGACAUAGUGCAAAAUGGGAAGGAAAGGGCGCUGUGCUCCUCGAUUACUGGGUGUCUGGUACCAUCCUUUGGCGAGGGCUGCUGUCAGAUACUGGAGUAGGUAGUCCUGGGCUUUGUCAAGUGUAACAAUCAUCCGAUAAAUCCCCUCCCUGGAAAGUAUACAGAGCAGCUUAUUUCCAUUCCUUAAGCUUCUGAAAUGAAAAAGAGCUAAGUUUGGCAAACUGAGCUGCUUGGCAUCAAAGCAUAACUGGCAAAUUAAUUGUUCAGUGCGCAACCUUGAAAGUUACUUUUGUUCCCAUUACUGGAAGCGGUUCCCUUGAAAUGCACCCAUUGUACAGGACAGGAAGCAGACAGUCGCACGGAUCUGAGAAUGUUCUAGACCUGUUUCUGACCCUGUGGCUAAUUUCCUGUUUAAACGUGGGUUUUCUGUAAUGCCUGGGGAGGAAUGCCAGGCUUGUUGGUGUCUAAUGUUUACACUAGAAGUAUUAUUUAGCUGAAUGUCAUGAAUUUGCAAGCAGGGAAACGACAAGCCUGGAGCACUGAUAGCCGUUGCAAGGAGGGGAGUCCAGGUGCCUGGCGUGCCCGUGAGAUGUUUUAUUUUGCACUAAUGACCCCGACGCUUCCCAGGCACUUUCCGAUCAGCCGGAGUGCAGUCUGCUGGUGAGGAGCUCUGUAGAUGCCACUUUUCCAUGAAAUGAAACACCACAAGAUUUAACCAAAGCUUGGAAAGCGAGAAGAAAGCUCGUGCAAGCUGCUGUGUCAGAGUGACCUGCAUCUGCUCGUGUGCCCCUUCUGUCCCACUUGCACAAGAAAAGGAAAAAAAAAAAAAAACAAAAAAAAACAGAGGUAGCCUUUGCUUGUAGUGAAAAUCUGGAAUGGAUUCCUCUGUUGUGUGUAGAUGUGGAAAUUUUUCUUUUUAAAGACCCUUGCCCUACCUCUUGGAGAAUUUGCGGUUCUAAUCUGGUAGCUGUAAAGCCAUCGCUUUCGCACCCGUGGGCACCUGGCGUUCCCGUGGUGCUGGGCUCGGCCCAAGUGCCCGGUGAGGGAAAGCAGUUCAGAGGCACAAGUGACAGCCAGGUGCCUAAUUCCUGUGGAAAAUCUGUGCGCGAGGAGCACCCGUUUUCUGUGCCUCUGGGAUCUCCUCUUACCCUGUUAACAUUUGAAGCUGGUGGGACAUAAAUUUCUGAUCCCUGCUCUUGUGAGAGGGACACUGGCUGAAGCACUUCUCAUCUGCCACGUUUUUAGAUAGCGAUCGGGCUUGGCUUUGGUUUAGACAAGCACAGGUCUGCUUCCAAGCUCGUAAAUCCCGGCACACCCUCGCGGUACUGACAGCGGCGGGGUAGGGAAGCGGGGCUGCCUGAGGUUUCCCCGCAGAGGAAUCCCACUGAUGCUGUGAGGUCUCGGUGCAGGCUCCGGCCCUGGCCGUGCCAACGUAAACACCGAGUAAUUCCGCUGGCGUCUGGCGGUGCCUCGGCCGCGCAGUGGUGUGAGCGAGUUCAGGCUCUGGCCCCUCUCCCCGAGAUCUCUCCCCUAAUGGCAGGUGAUGGAUUCGCUGCGAACAACGUGCUCAGAGCCAAAAGCCAUCCCGAAGUAUUUCUGAAAGGCUGCUCUGCCCAGGCCUCCGAACCAGGGCAGGUGGAGCCCACGCUGCGUGCACUCGGCUCCUUUGCCCUCCGCAGCCUUGCUGAGGGUUUGUUUUGCCUCUGCACAUUUCCACAUUUGCUUUAGGCACCUGAGGUCGCAGCCACCGGCGUUGCUGCCCUCGACCCUCACGUGCCAUUGCACAGACUCCUUUCGCGUCCGCUUUGCACUCAUAUGGCAAGUGAAAUGGGCACAAAACCGCCCGGCACGGGCAGCUGCUGUCAUCCGCGGGGCGAGGGCUGGGUCCUGCUGCUUCGGUGUGCUCAGCCUCCAGCAGCACCGGGACGGGGAGAAAACCCCUCGCAUCCCGCUGCGGGGUGCGGGAUUACACCCUAGUGCAAAACCCAGCUGCUAAGCCUAGAACAAAUACAGGAAAUGUGAACGCAGAGGCAAAACAGAGGGACUCGAGGUCUUUUAGAGCAGGAAGGUGCAAGAACGCUUUGGUUUCAGGAGUCGAAAUGUCGGGAGGAAAGGGGGGGAGAGCCCUGCUGGCGUGGCAGCCGCUUUGUGUCAGGCUGCGGGUCACCCUUCGUUGUGUUAACUAUGUAUGUAGAGUUAAUUAAGUAACUUUUGCACAGUGUUAAAGGGGGGGGGGGGGAAUGUUAAAACUCUAAUAUGCACAGUUUCUUCUAAUCUGUUUUGAAGUAUAUUUGCAGGGAUCAGGGGUGAGUCAGUAUUUCGUAUUCGGAUGGAUGGGAAAUCAGGUCGACUUCCACAGUUGCCAUUGGCCCCGUUACGUCAGCCAAGAGUGCCAUGUUUCUGAAGUUAGUAAGUCACAAAUCUUUUCCCACUCGUUUCUUUACUGCUUGAUCUUAGAAUGGAAGGAAGCAGCCUGGAAGCAGAGGGGUGUCUCGACAGACACUCGGGCUGCUGCGCGGUGCUGUGCGAAGCAGCAACUGGUGGCUGCCCGCUGCCCGACGCGGGGAUGCUCCAGAUCUGGGGCUCAUAGUUCUUUUUUUUUUCUUCUUUUUUUUUUAAAUAUAUAAUUCUCAGCUGCUUUGCACCGCUGGUAGUUGCAGUCCAGAGUUCAGAUCCGGUGCAGCCCUCUGUCUUAUGCCAAAACCAAAAUGCUCUUCCCAGCCCCGGCUCUCGGUGUGCCAGAGCAGCGAGAAGUUUUCCAUUUAACGCGCUGGGCCUGAGCCUUUUCUCGCUGACACUCGUGUAAGCAAGAGUCCGACAGCAGAAAGCCACGGCCAGGAAAAGAGCGCCUAUUUAAUCCUACCCAAAUUCAUCGUAGCUGGGCGAAAAGCAGCCUUUGGCCCUUUGCAACGCCAGGCAACUGUAAUGGGGACUGUGGCAGGGCUUGGUGACACGGGGGCUGCCCCGACCCUGGCUCCGCAGCCUCGGGCGGCCGCAGCUGUGCCAGGCAGCAGCAUCACUGCAGCAGUGUCACCGCUUCAGUUUGGAAAAGCCCCUAAUUUGGUACUUGAACAAUCUCUUCUGGUUUUGAAUGUCUCUUUCUUUUUUUUGUUUUUGUUACACUACCAGGGAAUAAAGCUCUGAAACGUUAGUGAGUCUUGUACGUUCGCUGCGCUAUGCAGACACAAAACAGGUACUGGUUGCGGGCAGGGAGGGGUACGAGGCAGGUUUAAAUGCAGCUUUACAAAGCACUACGAUGCGGCCGGUUUGUUUUGUUUCAAAUCAGACUUUUUGGUAUGUGUAGUUCCCUCCUGUUCCUUCGCAACAUCUGCUUUUGGACCAGCAAAGUGACAAAGCCUUCCCAAGGGCGAGCGGUGCAGGGGGGCAGCGGGUCAGGUGCCCCGAUGCAGCACUCCGGGCACGGGGAGUGAGCCCUAAAAAGGGGAAGGGGAGGCACCCUGAAGCUUCAGGAUGCGGUGACAUCCCGAAUCUCAGCGGCUGAGGCUUCUGCCAAAAGAAAGCGGCGAUGCCAGAGCAGAUCCGCACACGGUGCGCGGCUGGGAGGCGUUGGACGAGCUGGUUGUGCUCCUGCGUGUGCAGGAGAGGCAGGCAGGAAAUUAAUAGAAGUCCGUAUGGCCUCGCUCCUCGCUCCGGCCUGGAAGGAAACUCACCUCACCGAGCCCCUGGUUUUCCUUGGCACACCUCGUGCUGCCAGCAGCAGGGCCCCGCGCCGCCUGCCCAGAUAAACGCAGGCCUGUUCAGCUCGGCCGGCUCAGCACCGAGCAUGUUUGGAUGGGGUGAGAGGAAGUUUGGCCAACAUUUUUGUGAAUCUUGCGUUCUGCGGGCAGAAAUACUUUCCACCAAAUGGGAAGGGAAAAAGAAGGAAAAAAAAAAAAAAUCUCUUUUGAAAUCUUUUCAAUUCCUUCCUGUUUGUUCACGGGGCAGAUAGCGCGCGUUAGCCCCGUGCUGGGGUGCUGGGCUUCGGGGCUGGCUCCAUCCCAUUAACGUGGAAUUUGCAGUUUUUAUUGCCAUCGGCAGAGACUCGCUGUGUUUUGAGACGCGAAUUGCCAUUUGUUCUAAAAUUUGCCUUUACAAAAAUGUAACGUGAGCAU